UAUAUAGACGGUUAUGGAGUCCUUACAAAUUCAACCCAUUCGACCCAUUUUGGCUUCAAUUUGAUCACCACACUCUGCCUCAUCUUUUCUCUCUCCCCUACAACCUUGAGAGGAAUCUCUUUUUCCAACUACAAUAAAAUACAGGUUUAGGAAGAAAUGGGUUCUCUAGUGGGGCAUGUUCUCCCAGGUUUAGCCUUCUUUUUACUUGGUUUUUGGCAUCUCUUUAAUCACAUCAAGCUCCAUUCUCUCCAUCCGAAUCCCUACACAUCUCCCACAUGGUUCCCCACACCAAAAUCAAGGCACCUAGAGCUGUUCCUCAUCAUGGUAGCUUCCUCCAUCUCCAUCUCCAUGGAGCUCUUUAUCAGCCCUGCAAGGCACCAACCUUUGGAUCCUGAUGGAACCAUCCCAUCAACUCAUCUCCACAACUUUGAGCACUCUUCCAUAUCUAUGACUUUCUUUACUUAUGCAGCUUUCGCUAUUAUCCUUGAUAAAAUUAGCCCCAAAGCUAAGCAUAGCCUAACACAGUUUAUUGCAGCUGUAGCUUUUGCCCAGCAGCUCCUCCUUUUCCACUUUCAUUCAGCUGAUCACAUGGGAGUGGAGGGUCAGUAUCACUUGCUUCUACAGACCGUCAUCGUUGUUUCUUUAACCACCACCCUCACGGGAAUUGGGCUUCCUAAGAGCUUCAUGGUAAGCUUUAUAAGGUCUCUCAGUGUUUUGUAUCAAGGUGUGUGGCUCAUUAUCAUGGGAUACAUGAUCUGGACCCCAUCGUUGGUUUCCAAAGGCUGUUUCCUUCACAAUGAAGAUGGUCACCAGGUUGUUAGGUGCUCAAGCGAUGAGGCAUUACAGCGAGCUAAAUCGUUAGUAAAUAUCAUAUUCAGCUGGACCUUGAUAGCGGUCAUCAUUUUCUCAAUGGCUCUCUAUUUGGUUUUGGCUAAAUUAUAUGGAGAAAAAAUGGAUUAUUUAACGCUGAAAAAGGAAGAAGACCUUGAAUUGGAAGUGGAAGAAGAAUCUGAUGGUUUUGAAUCUCAGAAGGAAGGAAAGCUGUAUGCAGUUAUGGACAUCGAAAGGUAGAUGAAAGAUGAAGUUAAUCUAUGCCACCCAAUCUUAGAAUUUGAUGUCAGUAAGGUAUUGCUAUUUUGGUUGAAAUUAUAUAUAGAAUAUGUCUGGUCGUAAAAUAUUCUGGGUUUUGGGGUCAAUCCAUCACUGUGAUUUCCUUAUGAUCUUAUGUAUUAAAAGUUAGUGAAGUAAUUAUCAUAUGUUGAAAGCACAUUGUGAGGUAA